CCCUGACCCUAUUAGGAAUCAAGGAGAAAAAGGGGACACACACAUACUUAACUAUAAAAGGAAAGGAAAGUCAAAGAGGUAGAAUGAUUUUCUCCCUUCCCCAACAGAACUCAAAAUGAGGUCACAGAAGAGUCAGUUAGGGAUGAGAAGGAAUUUUCAAAGCAUUUAGUGUAAGUAUCAUCAUGGGAGGUAAACUGAGUCAAGCCAAGGAAACUGGCCUGAAAAGACAGAAAAAGAAACCACCCAAUACCACUGUGAAUCGAUUCCUGAGUUGGAUGCUGCCCGUUCCCUGUGCCCGGUUUGUAUGGAGAAAACCAGGAGAAUUUCCUGUCACUUCAUUCCUACUGGGAGCUGGCACUGGAGGGCUCCUAGCUGUGGGUCUCACCCAUAUUUUGCUGACCCCCAUAAACCUCUACGAAGAGCAGAAGAUAAUGUUGACGUACGGCAUAGUGGGCCUGGGAGUCCUGGGCUGGGGCACUUCCUCCUAUAUUCGUUGUGCCAGUAUUCUGCUGGUCCCCAAAAUUCUGGGCAAAGAGGGAAGGCUACUGAUGCUUGGCUAUGUACUGGCUGCUAUCUAUGAAGGGCCUGUGGCCAAUCUGCGGCACAACUUGAACGAAGUGGUGUUAUCUCUGGGCUGUACAGUAGAACUACAGAUCAACCAUACUCGAAUGGCCUGGAGAGUCUCCACUUCUCCUCUGAGAUCUGUGUUCAAAGACCUUCUGAGUAAAAAAGAAGAGCUGAAAUUGGAGGCGCAAAAUAUCUCAAAGUCCUUUAAAGAACUGGAUACCCAAAUAAAGAGUACUGAGGGCUACGACCCAGAGGCAUCCGGGGAAACAAAGAACGAGGACACUGAGGUCCGAAGAGUAUUUAAAGCAAUGAAUCUCUUCUCCACUCAGAAGCUCUAUGAAAUCAAGACCAAGCUCCGUUGUCACUAUAUCGUGGAUGCAGCCAUUCGAAGAUGCCAUCAAUGGUUCGAUCGUAAGCAUACCCAGUGCAUGCAGACCAUCAAAGUCCCACUCCUUAACCACCUCCUGUGUCUCCCCAUGAUGUUCAAGUUCUUGUGCAGCAUCGCUAAGGUAAUGAGUCCCUGGUGCCAGAAGCGAAUCCCGGUGGAAGGCAACUUUGGCCAGACCUAUGAUUCACUCAACCAGUCCAUGCAAGGGAUGAAAGGGGAGUUCUCUGCCCAGAUAAAUAUCAAGAAAGAGAAGCAAACAGCCCUGUUGGGCAUCAAUGUGAGCAAGGCCCAGCUGAGGGAGGAAGUGCGGGACUAUGUUGAGUAUCAAAUGUCCCAGCUGGAUGGAGCCUUGGGGCUGCUUCGGAUCCUGCUUUCCUGCACGUUCCUGUUGGUUUUCCAGGCGGCCUUCUCCUACACGAACAACUAUUGCCAAGACAUCCGUUUUGACAACAUCUACAUCAGUACCUACUUCCACCAGAUUGAUCAUAGAAGAAAGAAGCUGGGCAGAAGGAGUCUCUUGCCUCUCCGAAAAGCUGAGAGGGCCACCGUCAUUUUCCCCUGCAAGCUGACUAUUCAGGCAACUGAGAUGAAAAAUGUGUUUCGGGAGUUGCUGGAAUCCUUGCCAGUGCUGAUGCUGUUGCUGAUUCUGUGUGUGUUGGACUGGGCCUUCUAUACCAUCUUUGACACCAUCCGCAGUCACUCCUUCCUACAAUACACCUUCAGCAGUAGUCACCAUCUGGAAGUGAAGGUAGGAGGAGAUACCAUGUUGGCCAAGCUCCUAAGAAAAACGAUUGGGGCCUUAAACACAUCCUCUGACAUUCUGAUAGAGUCAAGCAACAUAGCUUGCUUACCCAAGCCCAUAGGCAUGAACUCCCAAGACUACAUGAAGGUCUUUUUGCCUGCUGGCCUGCUGGUGCUACUCUGCCUGACACAGGCCUACAGUUAUCGACUCCAAAGGGUCAUUGCAGCCUUCUACUUCCCCAAGAGAGAGAAGAGGCGAAUCCUAUUUUUCUAUAAUGAGCUCCUGAAGAAAAGGCUGGUCUUCACCAAACUUCGGAGGACUGUCAUCAUGCAGAGGGCUCAGAGGCAGGGGAGGCCUCGCCACCAUCUGGUGGACUUGUGUUACCGCCGCUGCCCUCUCUUGAGGUACCUCCUGCGCAGGCGCUGCGUGGUAUGCCAGGCCUCCGAGACGUCCGAGUCCUAUGUCUGUCCGACCCCGGACUGCGGGGCUGUGUACUGCGCCCCGUGCUGGAUAGACAUGGGGAAGAAGUGCCCGGCGUGCACUCCCCGCGACGAGCUGUCCUCCUCGGCUUACAGCAACAGUUCAGACAACGCCAACUAUGCGGACUGAGGGGGCAUUGGGCAGGAAAAGACCAGUCGCCCUCGUGUGUCGUCCUCAUUCCCCACGUGCCCGGGUCGGCCCUGCCCUGCCUUCUCUCCCAAACCCCUCUCAAUAAAACUGCCUAAUUGCAAA